AACCACGAGUGAGCCUACUGCUACCACGAGUGAGCCUACUGCAACCACGAGUGAGCCUACUGCAACCACGAGUGAGUCCACUGCAACCACGACUAGGCUUACUGCAACCACGACUGGGCCUACUGAAACCACGAGUGAGCCUACUGCAACCACGAGUGUGCCUACCGCAACCACGAGUGAGCCUACUGCAACCACGAGUGAGCCUACUGUAACUACGACUGGGCCUACUGCAACUACGAGUGAGCCUACUGCAACCACGAGUGAGCCUACUGCAACCCCAAUGCCAGGAACAACACCUGGAACAACACCUGUGACAACGCCAGCUACAACACCAUCUACAACAUUGGGAACCACACCAACCACUCCUCCACCAGAACUCUAUUUUCCAUAUAGAGAUUCUAUCCAGGAAACAUCUUUUCAGGCAGCUCCACUCGAUUUCAUGACUGUGGAAAUAGAAACUGGAAUACCUAUAGGCGAGAAUUCAUUGUACUCCUUCCUGACAGCCACAACAACAGGAAUUAUCCAUUUUUCCAAGCAACGUCCUACAAGAAUGAUGCUGACUCAAUUUACAAAUCCUUCCAGAUUCGAGUUAAGAGAUCUAUACGUAUCAGAUCCUGCUAUUGCCGUGUUUGGGGCACCUGUCGACGCUUAUAUUGGCAGCCCAAGUUUAUAUCAUGAGGUGUUCGAAAGCAGGACCCAUGCAGGAUUUUUUUCAGCCCUGAGGAACAGACUAAGAACAUUAGAGGCAAGCCCAUGGGGCGCGGAUAACAAUGACGUCAUUGAUACGCUUAGCACUGCUGUGAUGUUUACCUGGAAGGACUUUCAACCUCCCGGUUCAAUUCCUGGGGAAGAGAUGGCGACGUACCAGGCAAUAGUAUUUACUAACGGAGCAAGAACAGGCGUACUGAUGUUCUAUGAGCAAGGUAGUUUCAGCUGGAAUCCCCAAUCCAAGGCGGUUCCAGUUAGGAUUGGUUACAAUUCUAAGUAUACAUGGGUGAACCGGUUACUAGAAUCCGAUCUUAUUUCAAGCUACAAACCAGACCAGUCUAUUGGAUCACAGUCGGGGACUCAGGGAAUAUUGAUUUACAGACUCGACAACAACCCAAGCACGUUCGUUAACUCAGGUCUGUUCUGCUCUAACUGGUACACGGAAGACCAAGCCACCCUGUGGCCAUCGUUGUGGAUACGACUUUUAUUUACACCUCCAUGUCCGUGUACUGUUUGGCAGGCCGUAUCUGAUCGAAGAUAUAGUUUCUGCAAUUACCUGUUCGACCAAUCAGAGUUGUCUGUGUGGAAUAGUAUUUUGUUUGGUCGCUUGUUCCCAUACUGCCAACAAAGCCGAUGGCUGCCUUUCGGGGGUAGCUACCGAUGUACGUACUUUUUUGGGCUUCUACCUGGCUACAUAAUCGACUUAUGGUGGAGUUCUCAUUAUGAGGCGUAUACCUACGAUUAUCAACGGUGGCUUGCAAAUGAUGUGCUCCCAAGGUAUCACUGCUGCCAGGUAGCUGGUGGAGAUUUCUGUGAUUUGUACGAGGAAAGACGCCCUCCUUCGACAUGCUCACGAUAUAGACCUCCGCGAUCUGCAUGGUUCUGGGGCGACCCCCACAUCAACACAUUGGAUGGAAGAAUGUAUUCUUUCAAUGGUCUUGGGGAGUACACUAUGUUGGAGUACAACAAUAACGAUACAUUCGUUCUGCAGGCCAGGACUGGCAAAGCCUUCAACAAUAGCGAGCCUGUCGAAACAGGAACUGUUUUUACCGGUUUCGCUGCUACACAGGGCAUCACAGUGGUGGAGUUUUCCCUAAAUGACAACAGAACUGACAUGAGGAUUUUCGUUAACAGAACCGACGAGAUAACUGACUUGACUGAGUUAGAAGGAGACGGCUAUGCCUCUGCAGAUUCUUCAUUUUCAUUAACGCGUGAGAAUGGAACCACUGCGGACGAAAUCAAGGUCAAUGCUUACUUUCAAGUUGGUGACACGCCCGCUACGUCUUUCACCGUGACCUUUUCUAACGGGAUUCUGCUCGUGACCAUCGAAGCACCGCCGGAAUACGUUGAAGAUGGACCUGGCAGAGGUCUUCUAGGCAAUAUGAAUGGCGAUAGUUCAGAUGAUUUCUUGCUCCGAGAUGGCACCACUCUUGAGGAUUCGCUAGCCACAAACCUCACGGACAAGGAGAUAUUUGACUUCGGACAGUCAUGGCAAGUCAGAGAGGCCGAGUCCCUGUUCGAGUACGGCGAGAGGAACUGGACCUAUUACAACCCCGCAAACUACACACCGAUUUUCCUGAGUGAUCUUAAGGCACAAGACCCCGAGCGGACACGUGCUGCAGAGGAGGCAUGUGGUGACGAUGAAAUGUGCUUGUUUGACUACCUUGCCGUAAGCCCAGAAUUGGGAGCAAUGACUAUGGAGGCCGGGAAUACAUUUGAUGACAACCUUGCCAACCUAGAAAAUUUCCCACCGAACGUAACUAUGAUCACUGAUACCAACAAUGUUCUUCAGGAAAAAGAGAAAGUACUAUGUGUCACAGUUAACGAAACUGUUCAGCUGAUGUUUACGGCUGAAGAUCCUAAUGACGGAGAUAUGGUCAAUUUUACUUUAGCUGACUCUGUUCCAGAUGGUGCAACUAUCAGUUCUGAUGGCUCUUUCGAGUGGACACCAUCGAGUCUCAAUGUAUCAAGGAUUGAGGUCAUGGUCAGCGAUGACCGAGGUGCGCAAACAGUGGUCUCCUUUAAGGUCAAGAUCUGCGAAUGCAUGAACGAGGGCGUAUGUGACUUCCAGACCCAAGCCGUAGGCCAGAAUCUCAACGCUAAUGGAUACGCGGUUGUUACGUGCAAUUGUACCGUUGGGUGGUCAGGUGACCAUUGUGAUGUAGAAUUUGACGCCUGCGCAGGGUCUCCAUGCUACGAGGCGGUACUAUGUAUGGACAAACCCGCUGGGGUGACGCCUGAAUUUCAGUGUGGUGACUGCCCGCCAGGCCUGCAGGGUAACGGAGAAACAUGCUAUGAUGUCAACGAAUGCCAAAGCAACACAACCAACGACUGUGAUCAGACCUGCCACAACAUCCUCUAUGGAUACUACUGUUCUUGCGACGAUGGAUUUACUCUUUCUCUGGAUACACAUUCGUGUAUAGACAACGCAGGUUGUACACCUACUGCAAUGGACAACACUGGUUCUCCCAAUUGUACUUGUGACCCUGGUUACGAGUUUGAUAAUGGAACCUGUUCAGAUUUUGAUGAAUGUUCGGAAGGAGUUCAGAAUGACUGCCCUGAAGUUUCAACAUGUAUAAAUACAGAUGGGGACUACUUUUGUGACUGCAUGGAUGGAUAUAAUACAGUCAACGAAACAAAGUCAUGCGCCGAUAUCGAUGAGUGUGCAACUAGCAACCACAUGUGCAACAGAAGUUUGAAUCGUGUGUGCAUGAACACUGUGGGGAACCACACCUGCAUCUGUAAUACGAGUUAUGCCCUUGUCGACGGAUCAUGCGAAUCUGCUUACUCCUACACUCUGGAACUGAGGUUUGACUUCAUCAACGACAUAGCAAUCCAGCAUUAUACAGACACUGAACAAAACCGGAACCGACUAGCCGAACAGGUGUUUGACCAGCUUAACAGUACAUCUGUUAUAGGAGAUGGGAACCUCGCAGAUGUUAUUGUGACUAAUAAUACCGUUGUCGGUGGCAACGCUUUCGUAGAGUUCCGGAUCGACUCGUUCAACUCUGAACUGAACGCUACUUUCUUAGUGUCUGUGUUCACUGACUCCCUUCCGCCUAACCGAGUAUUUGGUUUGAAUAACCGGAUCGUUGAAGCAGACGUCAACGAGUGCUUAGUGUUUUCCGAUGCUUGCCGUAAUGGGAAUUGUAUGAACACCUACGGGAGUUUCUACUGCACGUGUAACGAAGGCUUCCUAGGAACUGGAACAGAUUCUUGCGAAGAUAUAAACGAAUGUCUGCAGGGGGCGGAUGACUGCCAGCAAAUAUGUUCGAACGAGGAGGGUGGAUACUCAUGUGCGUGCUGGGAUGGAUACGAGUUUGACGAAGGCGGGUUGAAUUGCACGGAUAUUGACGAAUGCUCCAGGAAUUCAUCGGCCUGUGGAAAUGGAAUGUGUAUGAACCUGAUCGGCUCUUUCAACUGUUCAUGUAACUCUGGAUAUGAAAUAAGCAAUGACAACAUUACUUGCAGUGAUAUUAAUGAAUGCUCUGCAAGUCCAUCUGUCUGUGAUUCUGAAAAUGGAGUGUGUACGAACUCAAUGGGCUCUUACAACUGUUCAUGUACCCCUGGAUAUGAAUUAAGCACUGAUGGUAUUACGUGCAAUGUGACAUCAGGUGCCACAACCAUGCAGCCAGAAACAACACCUAGUGCCACCUCACAGCUUGUUUCACCAAGUGCCACAUCCAUGCAGCCUGAAACAACACCUGGUGCCACCUCACAAUUUGUUCCAUCAAGUGCCACAUCCAUGCAACCUGAAACAACACCUGGUGCCACCUCACAACUUGUUCCAUCAAGUGCCACAUCCAUGCAACCUGAAACAACACCUGGUGCCACCUCACAACUUGUUCCAUCAAGUGCCACAUCCAUGCAACCUGAAACAACACCUGGUGCCACCUCACAACUUGUGUCAUCAAGUGCCAUAACCAUGCAGCCACAAGCAACACCCAGUGCAACCUCACAACCUGUGUCAUCAAGUGCCAUAACCAUGCAGCCAGAACCAACACCUAGUGCCACCUCACAACCUGUGUCAUCAAGUGCCACAACCAUGCAGCCAGAAACAACAUCCAGUGCCACCACGCAAUUUGAUGUUGGAAUUGUCCUUGAGAUCAUCUUCGAGAACACAUUCCAAAACGAUCUUGCAGACCCAUUGUCUACUGCGUUCAUGAAUUUGGCAAAUGCUCUCUGCAACCGUUUGACCGAGUAUUUCAGGAGGCUGACGAGUGACGAUAUCAGAUGCGAAGUAAUACGGUUCAGAAACGGCAGUGUAGUGGCAGAUGUUAACUUGACCUUCCCUGCUAACGACGCCUCCCAGGCACAGAACAUCAUGGAUAAUGUCGGAAGCGUUACCGCGGUGGAUAUAGGAAACAUUAUAGUCAACAAUGAAAUAUACUUCCCAACCGCCAUCAACUCAAAUGCUCCUGAGCCUACUACAAUGCAAACAGAGACAACAACAGAGCCACGAGGACUGUCUAAUGGAGCGAUUAUCGCUAUCGUGCUAGGUGUGUUAGCAGGUCUUCUUGUCAUCAUCGUCUUCACGUGUGGUUUCUUGAUACAGGCAUCGCGGAGGAACGCAGCUAAGUUUGCUGUAGGAGAGGCGUACCAUGGUCCAUACAGCAGGCAAACCCCUGCCCCUUUUUUCUACGGUGAUGAUCCAUGGGAGGAUUCGGGGAGCUAUAAUUCUCUCGAUCGCCAUGAAUUUGCAGUUAGCCGAGUGGUAGAAAGACUCACACAUGACCGUGAACGCAGACAAGAGAACAUUCAAUUCCAGACACCAUACGUCGUAGGAGGAGAUGACAAUCGCGGUGUUGAACGGAACCCUUUCUACUACUGAAGAAAAGUUUCAGACGCUGGAAUCAGGAAAUCAAUGAUUUUUUUUUCUUUUUCAGAAGACUCUUGGAAAGAUUAAGAAAUUGUUAAUUAGCUGUAUGUAGGAAUAUUCUAUGGAAAAAAUUGCCUCCUGAAACAAAUUCCAUUUAAAAUGCCUAAAUAUUCAACCUAAUUUUGACCAAAAAAAUCAAAAGUUUUGGGACUUUCAGCAAUACUGAGGCAAUCUGUUAUCAUUUUGAUGAUUCUAAAACUUAACAGAAAACACCAUUCUUAUAUGCUAACUGCAUAACAUUCUUAUAUGCUAACUGCAUAACUUUUUUUUCCAAUCGCUAUCAAACACUUUCUUUCACAAUCCAGUCACAUGACUAGAACAGAACUUUAUCUUUAAGUAGCGUAAUGUUGUUACUUGUAUCGCUCAUUUUGCAUUUGCAUUUUUUUUUAUUAAUCUGAUUAUCAAAUCAGCUUCCACUGAACGAUUUAUUCUUUCAUAUAUAUAUAUAUAUAUAUAUAUGUUACUAUAAUUAUAUGUAAGGCAAUGAAUACUUACUUUCGGGAGAGACAGGGUUUUGUCUGUUUUUUGGCUAAGAAAUUUAUAAUCAGAUGAAAACUAUGACGAUGUCUAGUUAUGUUAUUUACAUAUAAUCUGGUAGUAUGUGUAUAAUGUUAAUGUACUGGGCUUACAGUGGUAUUAGUAAUUUAAGUGCAGCUGUUUAUUUUUAAACACUUUGAAAAAAAGUAAGUAGUUACCGAGUAUUCUACAAAUGAAUGGUUCAGAAGUAUAAAGAUAAUAUUUUAGGACAACUUUAGAAAAUGCCUUCGCACAGCACCUAAGACGUAUAUAAGUCGUUGUUGUUGUUCUUUAUCUAGAAGUAGCGCUAUUUUGUUAUUUAUAACACUCAUUUUGCGUCAUUUAACUUUAGCAUUUUGGGGGUAAUCUGAUUAUCAAAUCACCUUCCACUGAAUAAUUAAUUAAUUCAUUUAUUUCAUAUAUAUAUAUUGCUAUAAUUAUGUGUAAGGCAAUGAAUAUUUGCUUUUGGGAUAGACAGGGUUUUGUCUUUUUUUAUUUAACAUAUUUAUAAUCGGAUGAAAACUAUGACGAUCGAUGUCUAGUCAUGUUAUAUAUAUUUAUAAUCUGGUAGUACAUGUAUAAUGUUAAUGCACCGGGCUUACAGAUUCAUUAGUAGUUGAAAUGCAGCUGUUUAUUUUUAAUCACUUUAAACAAAGAAAGUUGUUAUCCAGUAGUCUAUGAUUGAAUUUUUCAGGAAUAUAAAGAUAAACAUUAUACAGGACAACUUUAGAAAAUGCCUUCGCACAGAACCUAAGAAGGACGAAAGUCGUUGAUGUUAUUUUUUAUUUUUGUUUGGCAACCAGUCUUCACUAAUUAUAUUUGCCACAAAUGGUCUUUUUAAUAUAGGUUGAUGGUUUAUUUUUACCUGACUUCUAAGAAAGCAUGUGUAUGCUUGUAUUUGUGACCAAAGAGCACCAGUGCAUCGACUUCAUAUCGAACCCGGGACCUCCCGAUUACGAAUAAAGGAUUAUAUUUUGCAUCAUACUUAAAA